AUGAGGUGUCUGGUGACGGGCGGCAACGUGAAGGUGCUCGGCAAGGCGGUCCACUCCUUAUCCCGCAUCGGGGACGAGCUUUACCUGGAGCCCCUGAAGGAUGGGCUUUCCCUCCGGACUGUGAACUCUUCCCGCUCAGCCUACGCCUGCUUCCUCUUCGCCCCGCUCUUCUUCCAGCAGUACCAGGCGGCCACCCCCGACCAGGAACCAGUGCGCUGUAAGAUCCUGAUGAAGUCGUUCCUGUCGGUCUUCCGCUCGCUGGCACUGCUGGAGAAGACAGUGGAGAAGUGCUACAUCUCCCUGAACGGCAGGAGUAGCCGCCUAGUGGUUCAGCUGCACUGCAAGUACGGGGUGAGGAAGAUUCACAACCUGUCCUUCCAGGACUGCGAGUCCCUGCAGGCCAUCUUUGACCCAGCUUCAUGCCCCCACGUGCUCCGUGCUCCGGCCAGAGUCCUGGGGGAGGCUGUUAUGCCAUUCGCCCCUGCGCUGGCUGAAGUAACGCUGGGUGUUAGCCAUGGCCGCAGGGUCACCCUGCGAAGCUACCAGGAAGAGGAGGCAGACAGCACCGUCAGAGCCAUGGUGACGGAAAUGAGCAUUGGGGAGGAAGACUUCCAGCAGCUGCAGGCCCAGGAAGGGGUGGCCGUCACUUUCUGCCUCAAGGAAUUCCGGGUAGGUGUCUCUGACUUACGCGCGGCGUCCCGGCCUCCCUGCCCAGCCCAGGACCUGACCCUCCCUCUUCCCUCCCAGGGGCUCCUCAGCUUUGCAGAGUCAGCAAAUCUGUCUCUCAGCAUUCACUUUGACGCUCCAGGCAGGCCGGCUAUCUUCACUAUUGAGGACUCCCUGCUCGAUGGCCACUUUGUCUUGGCCACACUGUCAGAACCAGACCUGCAAUCCCAGGACCUGGGCUCCCAGCAGCCCCGCCGGCCAGAGCCUCCACUCCAGGCUAACAGCGCGCCCCACCUGGACGACUUCACCAACGAUGACAUCGACUCUUACAUGAUUGCUAUGGAAACCACCGCGGCCAGUGAAGACUUUCGGGCACUGCCCUCCCUCUCAUCGGGCCCCCAGCCCCCCUGCAGCCCUGACCCAAACUCAGAGGAGGAUGAGGCUGAGCCUAGCACAGUGCCUGGAACCCCCCCAACAAAGAAGUUCCGCUCGCUGUUCUUUGGCUCCAUCCUGGCCCCCGUUCACUCCCCCCAGGGCCCCAGCCCUGUGCUGGCUGAAGACAGUGAGGGUGAGGGCUGAGCUGGGACGAGGCUGCGUCCAGAGGCCCUGGACUAGAUGAAGCAUGGCCUCCCCCUCCCUCAGCCCACUGGCUGGGCCACCUGGAGGGCCACCGAGAAGGGUCCAGGCCCAGGUGACGGUGGUGACAGGCUGUGCUGGGGCCAUACCUGCUGUCCACUAUCAACUGUGACUGGCCUGGGUCCUGUUCUCUCCCCCACCCCAGCCAAUCACGUCUCCUCCCAGGGCUGGUGCUGAGGUCCCGCAUCUCAGUCACCACAGGCCUCAGGCCGACUCCACUAUCUCGCCAGGGCUGGAGGCAGCCUCCUCAGACCCACCUUCAUGAAGAGUCCCUGUG